AUGAAUAGUAAAGAAGAUAAGGCAAUCGCUGUUAUAUUGAUAGGAUCUCAGCUUAUAAUAGGCUACUGUCAAAGGGUUAAGAUCAGUUUGUUGGGGGGGGCGAAUUUGUUGAUUAUUAAGUUGAUAGGCAAUUCAAUUGAAUCGAUGAAUGAUAACAAUAUUAGUGAUGGUACAAAUGAAUUAUCUGGGGAUAGAGAACCAGAGUCUGUGAUGAUCAAGCCUAUAUUCUUUAACUAUCAUGAGUUUUCUGAGGUUUAUUAUUCUGAUAUCAGUCAAUUUGUUGAAUUCAAAGGUCAUUCUGAGGAUGAAACUAUUUGUAUAACUCAUUUUCCUAAUGUUUAUGCGGAAUUAGGUUCAUCAGAGAGUCAGAAUACAAGGAUUGUGAGGAUACCCAGAAGGUUUGAGACGACCAUUGAAUAUCCUUCGUUUAGUAAUGUAUUGCCUGGAGCUGAACCAGCAGCGAUGGUCAAUGACGAUGAUGGGAUGGAGUUUGUUCCUCAUGGAAUCUAUGAUGAUGAUAAUCAAUAUUUUGGAUAUUCUUCUGUUAGUCCACUGUCAAUAUAUUUAACACAAGAACAAUUUGAAGAGAUUGUAGAGACUAUUAAUAAACAUUGCAAAGAAUUGUAUUCGGUUACUACUGCUUAUAAUUUGAUAGAUUUUUUUUUAGAAACAGUAACUUUGACAUUAUGGAGAUGGGUUGCUAAAAGGGUGUAUCCAAAUCCUCUUUAUAAAAUUGAUGAUUAUGUAGAUCAUAUCAACAAUUCGGAUUUAUUUAAAGACAGAUGCAUUAAACUAAUACAUCCAAGAGAUUCGGGUUUUUUAUCUCUUGACUUCCAAAUUCCUAAACCGCAUAACUAA